AGUUCCAUUUCGUUCCCCCUGUGAAGCUUUCCAAAGGUAACCAACCGUUGUUGCUAAGUUUCGAUAAUCUUGAAUUUGUUAAUUUCAAUCUUAAGCGGGUGAUCGGGACCUACAGCCACUACGAAACAUGGGGCUGAGUUUCACAAAGCUUUUUAGCCGGCUUUUUGCCAAGAGAGAGAUGCGAAUUCUGAUGGUUGGUCUUGAUGCUGCUGGUAAGACCACCAUAUUGUAUAAGCUCAAGCUUGGUGAAAUCGUCACUACAAUUCCCACCAUUGGGUUCAAUGUGGAGACAGUUGAAUACAAGAACAUCAGCUUCACUGUUUGGGAUGUUGGUGGUCAGGACAAGAUCCGUCCACUAUGGAGGCAUUACUUCCAAAACACACAGGGUCUGAUAUUUGUGGUGGAUAGCAAUGACAGAGAUCGAGUUGUUGAGGCAAGGGAUGAGUUGCAUAGGAUGUUGAAUGAGGAUGAGUUGCGAGAUGCUGUGUUGCUUGUAUUCGCUAACAAGCAAGAUCUUCCUAAUGCAAUGAAUGCUGCGGAGAUCACUGAUAAACUUGGCCUGCAUUCUCUCCGCCAGCGUCACUGGUACAUCCAGAGUACUUGUGCAACCUCUGGAGAGGGCCUUUAUGAGGGGUUGGACUGGCUCUCCAACAACAUUGCUAACAAGGCAAGUACUUGAACUGCCUUUCCUUUGUCCACAGUUUAAUUGACUAUUUGGCCCAUGGGCCUGAGGUGAAUGAAUGCUGUGCUUCAUCAAAAGAGGGUGUUUACAAAUGCAGGAUUUAUACUGUGUAGCGCUGUUUUUUUUCUUCUUCUGAAGACAAGUAGGCUUGGGCUGUGGUGAUGAGAACGGAUCCUUGUUUUCCUUGACUUUGUAGUAGGCUUGUAAUAGUUUGGAUGGUUAGCCAGAAUACUCUCUGUGGGCUAUUUCCUGGGCUCAAUGUAAUGACGGCUUUAGCUAUAGACCUUUUGGGUUGUUAAUGUAUGGUGGUACUUUAUAUACUCUUUCAGAAAGAGGAUUACGUUUUGUGAUCCA